UUCUUCAUAUGUAUACAUUUAAUAAAGUUUUAUUUACACAUGCGCAGGCAUGUAGCUUAAAAACUGGUUUUACGGUCAAUUGGACAUCGCGAUCACUGUUAAGCUUAAAAAAGUUUAUUUUUUUAACUGUAAUGAUUUAUAAACUUUUUGAAAGCGAAUAUUGAUAACUUGUGUCUAUUAUUUAUGAUAACAAUUAUUAAAAAUGAGUAAGCUAAGAUUAUUUCCAAUAUUUGGCUUAGUUACUUGUGUUUUUGUGGUUAUUUUGUUCACUCACUUUAAAGUUGGAAUACAAGGAUAUGUUUCAAAGUUUCAGCAGGAGAAGGUCGACAAAGCAGCACCUAAAACUAUUUAUAGAGAUUAUUUGAGAUAUGUGAAAAGAAUUGAUUCGAGAUGCCGUAAAAAACAACGAUUCGGAGGAGCCGAUGAUUCCGGCUAUGACGUUUGUAUUGAUAGUGUUUACAGACCUCACAAGCCGUGUUUACUCUAUUCAUUUGGAUCGAAGUUUGUUUUUGGAUUCGAAAAUGACAUCAUUAAAAAUUUCGGAUGUGAAACUCACACCUUUGACCCAAGUCAACCAAUAGGUGAUCAUCAUAUCCCGGAGGGAAUCAACUUUCAUCUGAUCGGAUUAUCUGAUGCAGACUAUAAGAAUUACCUUGGCUGGCCAAUGAGUUCUCUGUCAUCAUUGAGAAGAAAAUUGAACCAUACUUCUAAGUAUAUAGAUUUACUAAAACUGGACAUAGAAGGAUAUGAGUGGCAAGCCAUUCCUCAGAUACUUUCAACAGUGCCUGUCCAAUAUAUAAAGAAAAUACUUAUUGAAAAAAUUUUGGGUAGGAAAAGGGGGGAUGGUGAUGACGGCUAUUAA